AUGGGUUUCCUGACUAUUUUAAAAAAACUACGGCAAAAGGAGAAAGAAAUGCGCAUACUCAUGCUUGGUCUCGACAAUGCUGGUAAAACGACAAUUUUAAAACGUUUCAACGGGGAGCCGAUAGACACAAUUUCGCCAACUCUCGGGUUUAAUAUAAAAACUUUGGAACAUCGUGGGUAUAAACUAAAUAUAUGGGACGUCGGAGGACAAAAAUCUUUAAGGUCAUACUGGAAGAAUUAUUUUGAGAGCACAGAUGGAGUGGCGUGGGUUGUUGAUAGUGCUGAUGCUAGAAGGUUGUCAGACUGUGCAAAGGAGCUUCACUCCCUCCUACGAGAAGAAAGACUGGCCGGUGCAACAUUACUAGUGCUGGCUAAUAAAGCUGACUUACCAGGAGCCCUGACACUGCAGGAAAUAAGAGAGGCUCUUGAUUUGGACAGUAUAAAAACCCAUCACUGGCGUAUACUGAGCUGUUCGGCCGUGACCGGAGAGAACCUUCUGGAGGGAAUGGACUGGAUGCUGGAUGACAUCGCUUCCAGAAUAUUUACACUUGACUGA